AUGAACACUGGAAGCACCACCGUCGCCGUCAUGCUCAGCUCCUCCUAUGGCUGUCACGCAAGAGGGGAGUUGGCAACCGCCAUUGCCCUCCACCGCUGCUGCUGCACCGUCGUCGUUCAUCGCUGCCGUGAACAUCGCGGCCAUUGUCGCCACCAUUUCCACCUGUCUCUUGUUGAGGGGGCCAGCCGGUGCUCCUGUGCCCUAGCUCUCGAGGUCCGCCCCAAAUCAUAA